AUGUUGAACCAUGAAGGAAUGCGCUCACGUCUGUAAGCUGCGGCCCAGCCCUUGACUUUCCGACAUUUUUCGCGCUGCACGCACUUGUCGUCUACUUUAAAGAUCUGAGCUUUUUACAGCUUAUACAGCGUAAGGCACAGCUCAUCAUAGACUAUUCGGGUGACCGAUCGGUCGCUGAUGCCGAUCUCACAGCCAAUUUUUUCUUGAAAAUAGCGUUUUGCUGUUGGUGAUCUCCCGGUUGACAGAACCGCUGGCGGUGCGUUUUCUUUUACGUCCUGGACGCUUACUAUCGUUGUCAAGCUCCCUACAUCGCGUGAUUACUUUUGACACAACGUCCUUUCUAUACUGGGCAGAUUUACAACUUGAACGGCUCAAAAAUAGUGACAGAAUUGCAGUUCCUUUGUUUGACAUUUUAAAAAACCACGUUAGUUAAUCGAUAUGAACACGAAACUGAAAUGUCUAGGACAGAAAAAAACGGAGAUUUUAGUGGUACAAAAAUCUUUUGGCCUGACCUAAACAUUUUCGCGUCAGGACCAAUGGAAAAAAACAUGCAUUUUUUUGGGACACCCUGUAUAUCCGAAAACAAUUUAUUGAUCAAAAAAAUUUUGAUUUUUCAGCAAAAAAUUGCCUUAAAAGGGCUUAAAAAAGGGAUAAAAGAGCCUUAAAAGGAGUUUUGCAGGAAAUGCCCUGAGGGCAUAGACAUAUUUUUUCUAAAAAUGCGAUAAAUUUGCUUUAUUUUUCCACCUAAAAUUACAAAAACGUCUUUCUGGAGGUAUGGGGAAUUGAACCCCAGCCCUCUCGCAUGCUAAGCGAGCGCUCUACCCCUGAGCUAUACCCCCACGGUCACAACUGCUCUUCGAUGGAAAUGCCAAUCGUUUUUUUGGGAUUAGCGCAAUGUUUCUAAAGCCUUGCUGGAUAUAAAAAAAAUCCAAAAGAAGCGAACGGGAUGUUUCUUUCUACUCGAUGACGUAAUUUUAUAUUAUCCUUGAGAUCAACCGAAAAAAUUUUGAAAAAAAAAAUAUUUUUAUCAGUCCGAAAAGUUACAGUGUCCAUAAGGUUAAUUUUAUAUCUGGAAAUUGUAUUUUUAGGCUUCCACGAUCAGCAGAAGCAGAUGAGCUCACAAUUGACAGAGAUUUCACCCUCAAACGGGUAAAACCGCCGGUUGGGAAGGCCAAAGUGCCUUCCAAGUCGGCUAACGCUGAAUUCCUCAACAGUUUUAACGCCGAAAUUGAUGAAGAAAAUUCUGAAGCCUCUGUAACACCCAGAACUGAAGUAAUUGAAGAAGCUUCUACCGGAAAAGAGACGAAUGUUUUGCCAGAAGCAAGCUUGCCAGAAACAACAACUUUUGUGGAAUCUAAAUCGAAGGAGAAGCCAGAAGAAGCAUCACAAAAGCAAAUCAAACAGCCGGUCGCAUUACCAGCCACAGAAACCUCGGUUUCGGGUUUGGAAAAUGGAGAAAACUCAAUUUUUCUCCCAGAAGUCAUCAAAGAGACAUCUUCGACUUCCGCAGUUCAAAACUCUGGCCCGGAAGAGCCGGAAAGUCCCAGAUCGUCUUCUGAGACUUUCUCUGUAACUCCUGUAGACUCAGCAAGCCCUGAAUCUACUGUCGAAGCAGUUGCUGUCCAAGCAGGGCCUUCAAAAGUUCCAAAUCUUUCUCCAGAGGCGACAGAGGCCUCAACAGUCCAGGGAUCGGUCUCAGAAUCAACUGCAGAGCAAGCAACUGAAGCUCCAUCAUCCUCAGUAAACAAUGAAUCGUCAGAGCCUACAAUUGAAGCUUCAACGUCGACAAUAAACAGUGAAUCGUCAGAGAAUGCUACGGCCUUUUCAGCGUCUUCAAAAAACAGUAAAUUGUCUACAGAAGUUCCAGAAGCUAUCGAAUCAUCGUCGGUGCCACUGGAAGCUGUAGAGACGACCUCGGAGCCUUUAAAUUCGGAGGCAUCAACAAGCAUAGACUCUAACGCUGUAUCUGCUGGCCUAGCGGCUCCUUAUUCACCAGCGGAGGAAGAAAUCUCAACUUCAAAGCAAAAUGAAGUCACUCCAGCAUCCUCAAAGACAAGUUCUGCUCCGGGAGUGGCACCAGAGCCAUCCGAGACUACGGAAUCUCUGGAAGUGCCGUCGAAAACCUCUGAGACUACUGUCUCAUCCUCUGAGGCCAUUACCUCAUCUCCAGAAGUCUCAACAUUGUCCGCAUCGCAUACAGAGGACGCCGGCUCAUCUUCUUCUCUUCCUGUAGCCGCCAAGCCAGCGAAUAUUGCGUCACAAACAAUUGAAGGCUCUAUUUCGUCGCCCGAAGGAGCAGUGGUCCCUCAGACAGCAGUGGAGGAGCCGUCAGGGCCACAAGAAGGCGAUAGCUCGACUAAUGAAGAAACUACUGCUCCAAUCGAUGAGCCAGGAACUCCAGAGUCACCUGACUCAACGGCUGAGCCGCCAAAUGGCUCUACGGCAAGUCCAGACGACAAUAAGCCACCUGCUGCUGAAGAUGCUACUCCAGACAGCUCUACGCCUCUUCCAGAGGCUUCACAGUCCUCCGUCUCGAAACCAGACUCUUCCACAUCGCUUCCCUCGGCUCCAGAGCCCUCUGCAAUCCUAAUUCCCCCUCCAAAAGACGUUGAUCCGACUUCAGAAGUCGUUGUCCAGCCAGCCACUUCUUCAUCCUCCGUCAACGUAGCUCCCAAAGGUCCUCAAGGCCCUGCCGAACCCAGCACUGUGGAUCCCUUCUAUCUCCAGCCAUUCCCAACAUUUUCCCUUCCCAUAAUCACCGAGCUCCCCGGUUGGACGGGUCAAAUGCCAGACGAUAUUCAUGUCUUCGACCCGUUGAAUGAGCUGCAACAUGUGCAAAUCCCGGGCUAUCGUGGAGCGGUUGAGGAGAGCUGGAAGUCGGUGCAUAGCAUGCCUGGAGCCAUCGGAAGUAAUGGGAAAUUGGACCCGGUACUGGCCGCUUUCCCUCCGGCACAUUACUUGAUCCCGUAUGACACGUUCUUGGACGAAGGAAAAAAGACAAAUUAA